AUGGACAAUAGAGAUGGCGAAGGCUCAGAUACAGAGACAGGGGCAUCCGAUCUUCGUAAGAUGGAUGAUUCAGGCAAUGCAGUGGCCGAAACUUCGGAUUCCGAAUCAUCACUCCCAGCUACGGGAUACCUAUCAGCAGAGGAUGAUGAUAGAUUGUUGUUUGCACUUGAAAAUAUGAAUUUAGAGAGCGAUCAAUUUCCGGAGACAUCCCUCAAAGAUGACCACGCAAGCCAAGAAGAUACGGAUGGCUUUUCAGAGGACGAAGCAUUGGACGACGACCUCUCUGACUAUGAAGAGGCCUAUGGAGAUGAACCUGGUUUCCAGUUCUUCGACAAAAACCAAAACUUAGCCGUGUUGCAAGAUAUCGCAAAGAAUAUCCGCCUUCCAUCUUGGGUUGGACGUGUUCCCAGUACUGUAGGCACGCGGAAGGGUGGGAAAUUGAAGGCGGACGAAUGGGUAAUUCUUUUUCAGGUCAUGAUAAUUCCUGCUAUCAUUUCUGUCCUGAACAAAGAAGAAGGUGCAGCAAAUUUCACAGACCGCGAUUUUGUUCGCAAUGUCCUCCAUCUUAUAAGUGUAGUGAAUAUUGUUCGAAGGGUGGAAGUGACGGAAAAUGACGUCAGAUCCCUCCGAUAUCACCUUCGAAGCUAUCGAAACGGAUAUUCUAAACUUUAUAGAUCGCUGCCUGUGCUACCCAAUCAUCACAUGGCGCUUCAUCUCCCAGAGUGCAUUCGACGCUUUGGUCCUGCUCCUUUCUGGACUGCAUGGUCCUUUGAGAGGCUGAAUGGCGGGAACAGUAUUGUUCUGUAUCACUUUAAAGAUGCGCGCGGGCCAACGACAUAUCGGUGGGGACGAAUCAACGAGAUAUUCAUAACCAAACCUGGGCCGAAAAACAAUCCAAAGGCUCAACUAUGGUUCGAAGUGAUCCAAUUCUCUGAGCUUCGAGCUGCCGAGAAAGCCAAGCAUGGACUUGACAAUUGGCCGAACGCCAGAAUGACGGUUGUGUACAGCUCUCCCAAAAAGAAGGAACUGGUGCGAGUUGAUGAGCUCGUUGCUCAAGGAGUGGCUUGGGAUGCCCCUGACGGGUGCUUUGGGAUUAAGCAGCCAACCACACUAAUCAUCAACUUGAGCAAGUUUUUGUGCACUCAAACUUGA